UGCAUUCAACAAAGUAGUAAAAUAAAAAGGCAAGUUGAGUGCAAGUGAGAGAGCUAGCCAUAAAAACAGAAUGAAAAUGGAGAUAGAGGAAGUAAGCAGCUACGAGGCACUGCCUCUGCUCUCCUUGAACCAUGUCUCUUUGUUGUGCAGAUCAGUGUGGGAUUCAGUGCGUUUCUAUGAAGACAUCUUGGGCUUUGUUCUCAUCAAACGCCCCUCUUCCUUCAAUUUCAAUGGAGCUUGGUUGUACAAUUACGGCAUUGGGAUACACUUAAUUGAGAACCCAUCAAUCGAUGAGUAUGAGCCCGUCAAUGAAUUGCGACCAAUUAAUCCCAAGGACAACCACAUCUCCUUCCAGUGCACGGAUGUUGGGCUCGUUAUAAAGAGGCUGCAAGAUAUGGGGAUGAGGUAUGUGACAGCCAUUGUAGAGGAAGAAGGGGCGAAGGUGGAGCAGGUGUUCUUCCAUGACCCAGAUGGGUACAUGGUGGAGCUCUGCAACUGCGAGAAUAUUCCUGUGAUUCCCAUCUCCUCCUGUGCAUUCAAGCCCAGAGGGCAAAGCUUCAAGAAGGCACCAACCAGCUGUGGAUUCAUGGAGAAUGUGAUGAUGGAGAGCUUGAGCAUGGACAUGAUGAACUUCUCCUUCUAAAAAGUUUCCAAACAAUGGGAACUCAAUUUCACCUUCUUUUGUUUGUUUAAAGAAAAUCGUCAUGCUGCAAAAAUGGUCAUGCGUCUUGGUUUGAGAAGAGUUUUUAUAUUUGUUUAUCUGGGUUUUGGAAUAAAGAUUGUAAUAUUUGAAAUAGUACUAUUUUGUAAUAUAUAUAGUUCGAAGCCAAUGUGUGGCUUUGGAUUGUGACAAUAUUUCCUUUAAGGAAGCUUCCCAUUGAUGGAAUCUUCCUACGUGCAAGAAAUAUUUUAUCAUGGUAGGGAUAUUGUCCCCCAUUGGUGUGCCA